GCCCCAGUCCUGCCCCAACCUCAGGAGGAGUUGGAGCGGCCUGGCUCCUGCCUGUGCCCUUAUCAUCUGAGCUGGUCCCAAGCCCUGCUCAUGCCUGUUGCCAUGGAAAUGGCACUGCUUCUCCUCUUCUUUGGAGGUUCCUGGGGCCAGGUGCUGAACACUUCUCCUGGAAGCAUGUCUGCACCCAGAACUUCAGCCCCCAUCGCUGAUAUCUCAGCAAACUCCAACCCUGUAACUACAAUGGGCUCUCUGAAGGUUGGCAGCCGUGAGGGCCAUACCUUGAUCCCAACUUCCUCAAUUUCCUUUACAAUCAGUGAGAAGGCGACCCCUCUUGGCACUUACCUUCCCGUCCCUGAGUCAACAGCCUUCCAGAGCAUUUCUACUAAGAAACCAUUAGUGUUCCUAGAAACCUCUAAUACAGCCAGUGAUCCUGCUGUCUCCAUUACCAUGAACUCUCUGGGGCCUCACACUGGGGCUAGUGAAACUGUGACAACUAGCUCUCUGGAGAUCUUCAAUGGGAUGCAUGGACCCCCUGUCACCAGAGCAACUAGUUCUCUGGACACCUCCAAUGAGACAAGUGGACCCCUUAUCAUCAAGGCACCUAGCUCUCCAGAGACCUCCAAUGAAACCAGUGGACCCCCUGUCACCAUGGCAACUAGCUCUCCAGAGACCUCCAAUGAGACCAGUGGACUCCCUGUCACCAUGGCACCUAGCUCUCCAGAGGCCUCCAAUGAGACCAGUGGACUCCCUGUCACCAUAGCAACUAGUUCUCUGGACACCUCUAAUGGGACAAGUGGACCCCCUAUCAUCAAGGCACGUAGCUCUCCAGAGACCUCCAAUGAAACCAGUGGACCCCCUGUCACCAUGGCAACUAGCUCUCCAGAGACCUCCAAUGAGACCAGUGAACCCUCUGUCAGCAAGGCACCUAGCUCUCCAGAGACUAGGACCAGUAGUUCUACUGUCUCUGAGGUGAAAACAUCCACCACGGUUACUUCAAAGGCCUCCACAAACUCAACCGCUAGUGGCAAUCCAAGUUCAGAUCAGGGGGUGAAUGGCUCCCUGCUGGUGGCUGUGUUUGUGGCCCUGCUGGUGGUCACGGUCCUUGUUGCACUGCUCCUGCUGUGGCGCCACCGGCAGAAGAAGCGGACAGGGGCCCUGAUGCUAAACAGGGCUGGAAAGCGCAAUGGGGUGGUGGACGCCUGGGCGGGGCCAGCCCGUGUCCCUGAUGAGGAGGUGGCGACAGCAACGGUGGGAGAGUCUCGGGGUGACAAGCGUUCUGGGGUCCCUGAGGCGGAGGCGACUGGCCGGCGGCCCACACUCACCACUUUCUUUGGCAGACGGAAGUCUCAUCCGGGCUCCUUGGCUCUGGAGGAGCUGGAGGCUGGGCCAGCCCCCAGCCCACACGGGGAGAAAGAGCCCCUGGUGGGCGGAAAGGAUGGGGCCUCUGAUGGGCCAGAAACAGAAGAUGGGAGUGCCUCUCAGGGCCCAUGAAUAGCAAGAGUGGAGUCAAAAUCAUUUGUCACUGUCAUCACUUUCCCUCUUGUCAUCACCUCCAACUCAAUCCUCACCCAGCUUGUUCACCCAGCAUUCCCUGGAUUCCCACCCAGCAGACUCUUCCUCCAGCUUCUUGACCCUGGAUCUUCCACCAGCUUCCUAACCCUGCAUCCUCACCCAACGUCCUCACCUAGGAUCCUCACCCUGCAUCCUUACCCAGGAUCCUCACCCUGUGUCCUUACCCUGCGUCCUCACCCAGUGUCCUCACCCAGCGUCCUCACCCACCAUCUUCACCCUGAGUCCUCACGCAGCGUCCUCACCCACCAUCUUCACCCUGAGUUCUCACCCUGUGUCCUCACCCUGCGUCCUCACCCUGCAUCCUCAACCCAGCGUCCUCACCCUGCAUCCUCACCUGGCGUCCUCACCCAGGAUCCUCACCCUGCGUCCUCACCCAGGAUCCUCACGCUGCAUCCUCACCCAACCUCUGCAUCCAGCACCUAGUCAGGGCUUGUACUUGAGGAACCUCAUUGUAGAUUGAAUGAAUAACCCUUCCUCACCAACGCCUACUUCUUCUCCCCAUCACUUUCUCCCCAUCGCUUUCUACCCUCCUCAUCCCUCAUCUCUCUCUCUCUUGUCUUUUGUCCUUGGAACUAGUUGCUAAGUCUCCAUAAUGCUAAACUUCCUUGAUCUAGGAUUUCUUGGAAAAUUCCCCAGGGGAUACCAGAGUCUAGGAAGAAGAAGCAAGUGAAGAUCCAGCAAACUCGCAUCUGGGAUUAACUUUGUAAAUUACACUUGGCCUUGGAGAUUGGCAGGAUGCCCCCGGCCCUGGGUCAGCCCAUGAACCUCCUCUAGCUUUGGGCUUCAGUCUCCGGCGCUGGCUGAAGCGUUGGCCGAUGGGGCCAUCCAGCUAUGCUGCGGCCUUUCCCAGAGAACCUGGACUUGAGGCUGAUGGCCCAGCCCGCCACUUCCUCCCCAUGUCAUGGUCUAAGGCACCCAGAGGCUUGGAGACUUUCUCUUCUCAAGGGCAGAGGUGAGAAGUUUCUGAGCAAGUGGAGCUCUCAGCACACCCCCAGCAUCUGCGUGGGUCCAUUCCUGGAUGACGUUUGUGUGCAAGAGGUGAUGGUUUUGUGUUGGUGUGGUGGAUGUGAACUAUUCGAGGGAGGGGUGCCGGAAGGGGUGCAGAGACUGAGGGCAUGCCAGUCAGAGGGCGCAGACACAGGAACUGCUGAGAAACAUGUGCCCUCGUCUUUGCUCAGAUGGGGUGGAGGGAGCAGACUUAACUGUGGAGCCCAAUAAAGAAAGCUAGGCUUGCUUGAAAGACCA